UAUUUGAGUAUAUUAGUGCUCACUGGGUCCAUAAAAUAAAAAUUUUCUUCCAUGUGGAUGUGUUUUUUUUUUCUAAAUAAAUAAAUAAAAACGGUUAGCAAUGCGAAAAAAUAUAAAAAUCAGUUCUGCAAAACGAGGACAUCAUGAACGUCAUAAAAAAAAUUUUCUUAAAUCCAAAAAAACAAUGUCGAAGGAAAAGAAACAAAAUGAAAAUAUUUUCAAAUCAAAACGUGAAUUUGUUUCGAGAAGAAAUUUUCAAAAUAGUAGGAAACUGCAUACAGAUACCCACAAAGAUUCAAAUUGCAAAAAUGACUUGGAGAACAGAUUGGAAAUGAUGAGUGAAAAUACAAUAGAAUCGUAUAAUUCUAGUGAUGGAGAUUUUAUGGAUGACACCGAAACAAUGGAAUUUCAAUACCGUCUUCAAAACGAUAACAAUGUAAAUAAUAAAGAAAUGCGUAAACUUCUUCCUAUUAAAACUAAGUAUGGCUUGGUACCGAGAGAAACAAGCCACAUUCAAGAGAGUCAGAAAAGUUUGGACAUCGUACAAUCAGUUAAUGAUGAUGCACAGGAUGAAGAUUUAGAUUCAGACAAUGAUAUAUUAAAUAGCUUAGAUAAAAUAAUCAAGACACCAUCUACAAUAUCAAACCAUAAAAAUACACUAUCAACCGCUGAUUUACUUGUAGAACGAAAUGAAACUAUUGAGUCGCUUAAGUUUAAAAUUGGUGUACUUUGUUCUGGAAUUUUAGAAAAACCCGAAGAAAAAAUUAAAAAUCUUACAACUCUAAUGGGUAUGAUAGAUGAAAAAAAUAAGGAUGGACAGAUAAACUUUUUCACAAUAAGAAAAAUGGCUAUUUUGUCAAACAUGGAAAUAUUUAGAGAUAUUAUUCCGGAAUAUCGUGUAGGAGUAAUUGAUUUGGAAACACACAAAGUAAAAAAGGUAACACUCCAGAGAAUCAACUAUGAAAAGGAUUUAUUAGAGUAUUAUAAGCGUUUUUUGGUUAAAAUGGAACGACUUAUAUCAAAAUUGAAAAUAAAACGAUUUCAAACGAUGAAAGCGACUAAUGAAGAUAAAAUUCUUGCGGAGCUUUCUGUUCACUGUCUUUGUGAGCUUUUACUAGAGCAUCCAUAUUUUAAUUUUAGCACGAAUAUCGGACAAUUAUUGGUAGCAAUGCUGAACUUACAUUAUGAUAAUAUUCGAUUAAUGGUUCAUAAAACAUUUUGUUCAAUCUUUAAAACGGAUAAAAGAUUGGAUUUGACUCGACACAUCGUGAGACACAUCAAUAACCUUAUUAAAAAGAAUCACAAUAUAGUACAUGUUGAAGUCGUUUCAUGCCUUUUAAGUCUUCAAAUUAAAAACAUAAAUUUGGAUGCUGAAAAAGAAAAUGAGUUAAAGAAGAAAAAACUUGAAGCACACAAAUCUCGUGUUAUAAGUCUUUCAAAACGUGAAAAGAAACGAAAAAAGAGACUAGCUGAUUUAGAAAGAGAAUUAUUGGAAACCAAGGCAGAGGAAAAUAAGCAAACAAAAAAUGCAAAGUUAAUUGACAUAAUGAAAUUGACAUUUACAAUUUACUUUCGAAUUCUUAAACAAAACCCAAAUACUAAAAUAUUAAGUGCUACAUUGGAGGGGUUAGCCAAAUUUGCACAUAUGAUCAAUAUCGAGUUUUUCACUGAUCUUGUAGAUGUUCUGUAUAAAUUGCUUCUUAACGAAGAUUUGGGCUAUCGUGAGCAGCUGCAUUGCGUACAAACAGUUUUCACAAUAUUAUCAGGUCAAGGAGAAGUUCUCAACAUUGAUCCGGCGCGUUUCUACUCUCAUCUCUACAAAAAUUUAUUAGCAGUACAUUCAGGAAAAAGUUACAAAGAUACAGAAUCUAUUUUGAUGACAGUAGAAAACCUUUUGGUGAAGCGACGAAAGCAUUUAACUUCCUUACGCAGUUUGGCGUUUAUAAAACGAUUAAUGAUUUUAAGUAUGCAAUUGCUGCAUAACGGAGCGUUAUCAUGUCUAUCAAUCAUAAAGGCAUCUCUUCAAUUGAAUAGCCAACUGGAUGUCUUAUUAGAUACUGAACAACAUAUUGGCUCCGGUAAAUACGAUCCAUCGAUUGAUGAGCCUGAGUAUAGUAAUGCAAAUUGUACCAAUUUAUUCGAAAUUGGAUUAAUGUACAAACAUUACCAUCCAAUUGUUCGUAAAUAUAUUCAUUAUAUUGCUCUCGGUGUACCAUUAACAGGCAAUGGAGUAUUAACUUCUGAUAUUGCAAAAUUGAGUCCUGGUGAAUUGUUUGAACAAUAUGAUAGUAAAAAUAUUUCAUUCAAUCCUGUUAUACCAACUCCCCAAAAAACGUAUAUUCCAAUAUCUGCAAAUCGAAAUAAACAUACAUUUUUAGAUAAUCAACUACAAAAUAUUUGCAAGAAUACAUGGAAUAAUUGUCGACCUAAAAAAUAAAUGGAUAUGAAUAAAAUAAAAAAAAAAAUCGAAAAUAUUCUACCUUAAACUCUUUUUGUUUGUCUGUGCUAAACCAUGUUUGUGGGUCUUUUUGACCAAAGGGUACGUUUAUGAUGUUUUAUGGUAAAAAUUGAUGUACUCAAGCCGAAAAUAUUAAUCUCGGGAUUAUGAAAUCUCUAAUUAGAAAGAAAAGUUACGGCGAAUAAAUUUAACGUAUCAACCCCUCCCCGCGAUUUUGUCGAAAAAAUUCAGUGGGAAAAAUAAAAAUUGAAUAUAAAAUAGAAUCAUUUCUGACAUUUCUG